AUGGAGGAGAUGAAAAUCUGCCCAUUCACGAACGUCAUUGCAUAUGGGUCUCUGUAUGAAAAAAUAAAAAAAGAGAAAAAUAAUGAACUACCAGAAAACUACUUAGUUGAAGAGUUUGAUAAGCUUCUUGGAAAUUACGAAAGGCCCAAUGUGUAUGAUGAAAAUGGUGUAAUCCAAAUUAGUACAGAAGAAGACUUACUAAUUUUCCAAGUUGAUUUAGAUUACACAGUAGAGAAUUUAUUCAAAAACAUGAUAUAUGUAAAUGAAAAUGAUUCAAGUAAUAAUAAAGUCCUAAAUAGUAUAUAUGGUCCUUAUAGGGCUCUACUAAGUAAAGACAGAAAUUUUGUUACUGUGCCAAUAAUUAGGAUCUACAGUGUAACAAAUAAUGGGUAUAGUGUUCUAGUGAAUGUUCAUAAUUUUUUCCCCUACUUUUAUGUAGAAAAACCAGAAAAUUUCGAAAAUGAUGAUAUGAUAAAAUUAGAAAUAAUGAUGAAUGAAAAUUUAAAUUUAAAUAAUCAAUACAAAAUAUAUGAUAAAAAAAUAUUAAAAAUAGAAAUAGUAAAGACAGAAAGUUUAAUGUAUUUUAAAAAAAAUGGAAAAAGAGAUUUUUUAAAAAUAACAGUGUUAUUACCUAAAAUGGUUCCUACGUUAAAAAAAUUUUUUGAAAAUAUUGUUAAUGUAAAUGAUAAAGAAAUUGGGGGAAUAGUCUACGAGGCCAAUUUACCAUUCAUAUUAAGAUAUAUCAUUGACAACAAAAUUACGGGUUCAUCAUGGAUAAAAUGCAAUAGAAACAAUUUCUCUAUUCGAAAUAAAAACAAGAAAUUGUCUAACUGUACAUUCGAAAUAGAUAUAAAUUAUGAACAUGUACAACCAAUGAUACUUGAAGAAGCAUAUCAACAAAUUCCAAAAUUAAGAAUUCUUUCCUUUGACAUUGAAUGUAUAAAACUUGAUGGGAAAGGAUUUCCUGAUGCAAAAAAUGAUCCCAUUAUCCAAAUAUCAUCAAUUUUGUAUUUACAAGGAGAUCCUAUAGAUAAAUGCAUAAAAUUUAUUUUUACUCUACAAGAAUGUGCAAGUAUACCGGGCUCAAACGUUAUUUGGUUUAAUGAUGAAAAAACUUUGUUAGAAGCAUGGAAUGAGUUUAUUAUUCGAUUGGAUCCUGAUCUUCUCACAGGAUAUAAUAUUAUCAAUUUUGACCUUCCUUAUAUAUUAAAUAGAGGAACUGCAUUAAAUUUAAAAAAAUUAAAAUUUCUAGGAAGAAUAAAAAACAUUAGUAGUAAUGUGAAGGAAUCUAGUUUUUCCUCCAAACAAUUUGGAACACAUGAAACGAAAGAAAUUAAUAUUAAUGGUAGAAUACAGUUCGAUGUAUACGAUUUGAUAAAAAGAGAUUACAAACUUAAAUCGUAUACACUGAAUUAUGUUUCUUUUGAAUUUUUAAAAGAACAAAAAGAAGAUGUACAUUAUAGUAUUAUGAACGAAUUACAAAAUGAAAGUCCAGAAUCAAGAAAAAGAAUUGCUACUUAUUGUAUUAAAGAUGGAUUAUUACCAUUAAGACUUAUUGAUAAACUACUAUUUAUAUACAAUUAUGUUGAAAUGGCAAGAGUAACUGGAACUCCAUUUGUUUAUCUUCUCACACGAGGACAACAAAUUAAAGUAACAUCACAGUUGUAUAGAAAAUGUAAAGAGCUAAAUUAUGUUAUACCUAGUACAUAUAUCAAAGUCAAUACUAAUGAAAAAUAUGAAGGAGCUACAGUAUUAGAACCCAUAAAAGGUUAUUAUAUUGAACCUAUAUCUACUCUUGACUUUGCUUCUCUAUAUCCUUCUAUCAUGAUUGCACAUAAUCUUUGCUAUUCUACUUUGAUAAAAAGUAAUAAUGAAAUAUCGGAGCUAAAGGAUGAAGAUAUUACUACCAUACAAGGAAAAAGCAAUCUAAAAUUUGUAAAAAAAAAUGUAAAGAAAGGUAUUCUACCACUAAUAGUAGAAGAACUAAUAGAUGCAAGGAAAAAAGUAAAGGAACUCAUAAAAAAGGAACAAAAUAAUAUUACCAAAAUGGUACUUAAUGGAAGACAGUUAGCUCUAAAGAUAUCCGCAAAUUCAGUAUAUGGUUAUACUGGUGCGUCCUCAGGUGGCCAGUUGCCAUGCUUAGAAGUAGCAGUUUCCAUUACUACUUUAGGCAGAUCAAUGAUAGAAAAAACCAAAGAAAGGGUGGAAAGUUAUUAUAGUAAAAAGAAUGGGUUUGAACAUAACUCUACAGUAGUUUAUGGAGAUACAGAUUCUGUUAUGGUUAAAUUUGGAACAGACAGUAUUGAAGAAGCCAUGUUUUUAGGUAAAGAUGCAGCACAAAGAAUUAGCAAAGAAUUCUUAGCUCCUAUUAAAUUAGAAUUUGAAAAAGUAUAUUGCCCUUAUCUACUUCUAAACAAAAAAAGAUAUGCUGGGUUGUUAUACACAAAUCCAAUAAAACAUGACAAGAUGGAUUGUAAAGGAAUCGAAACGGUUAGAAGAGAUUUUUGUAUUCUUAUACAACAAAUGAUGGAAACUGUACUUAAUAAACUGUUAAUUGAAAAAAAUUUAAAUAGUGCUAUCGAAUAUACUAAAUGUAAAAUAAAAGAAUUGUUAACAAAUAAUAUAGAUAUGAGUCUACUUGUUGUUACAAAAUCAUUAGGUAAAACAGAUUAUGAAACUAGGUUACCACAUGUUGAAUUAGCCAAAAAAUUAAAACAACGAGAUAGUGCAACUGCUCCAAAUGUCGGUGAUAGAGUUAGCUAUAUUAUAAUCAAAGGAACUAAAGGACAAGCACAAUAUGAAAGAGCAGAAGAUCCUUUAUAUGUACUUGACAAUAAUUUAGCCAUUGAUUAUAAUCAUUAUCUUGAUGCUAUUAAAAAUACCUUAUCAAGAAUAUUUGAAGUUAUUAUGCAAAAUUCAGAGUCAUUAUUUUGUGGAGAUCAUACUAGGCAUAAAACAAUUUUAACUUCUAGCCAAACUGCUUUAUCUAAAUUUUUAAAAAAAGCUGUGCGCUGUAUUGGAUGCAAUAGUUCUAUUAAAAAACCACCUCUGUGUAAUCAUUGUAAAGCUAAUAAAGAAUUUUCUAUCUACAUGCAAAAAAUGAAAGAUUUUAAAAAUAAGCAAAAUGAAUUCUUCCAACUAUGGACAGAAUGUCAACGAUGCCAAGGGAACUUACAUGUAGAUGUUAUUUGCAUGAAUAGGGAUUGUCCUAUAUUCUACAGGAGAGCAAAAAUUAAAAAGGAUAUAGCAAAUCUGCAGGAGCAAGUUUCUUCCCUAAGGACUGAGUGGUAG